AUGACCAUUCCAGCUACCACUCCCAAAAGUUACAAACCAGGCCUAACACCCCGCCCAUCAUCACUCUGCCCCCACUGCCUAGCAAGGGACAGACUGAGGCUAUGGUCACCUUCAGGAACCAACCCGAGACUGCUACAACUAGCAGCAGCAUCAGACAGCCAGCAGAGAGCAGAGAUAACAGAUGCCCAACUGGACCACAUUUUGGAUGUCAUGAGAUCAUCCUGGGAGCAGUCGAUGAAAGAGACCUACGGGGCAGGGUUGUUAGUAUUCCACGUGUUCUGUGAUGCAAACAACAUAGAAGAGGAUCAGAGAUGUCCAGUAGCCCCCACCCUCCUCCUCACCUUCCUAUCCAACUGCACCGGUUCAUACUCAGGGAUGUGGCUCAUCUCGGCUGAUGAGCUGAAAGCUAUCCUAGAUGGGGCGAAAGCACGUGCACCUGAGUCUUCCAAACAGCCAAAAUGUCUACCCUUCACGCCAGACGUGUUAGCCUCCAUCCAGGAGCAUUUGAACCUGAAUGAACCAUUAGAUGCGGCAGUAUACGCUUGCCUGAUGACAACAUUCUACUGCAUUGCAAGGCUGGGCGAAUUCACUGUAAAAACUGUAAAGAACUUUGACCUGAGUAAGCACAUUCCAAGAAGGGGAGUAUCCGAAGCAACAGACCGUCACGGACACCCCAUUACCAAAUUCCAUAUUCCAAGCACCAAAACCGCCCCCAUAGCUGGAGAGGACACCUUUUGGGCAGAACAAGACGGCCCAACCGAUCCUAAAGCCGCACUCCUGAAUCAUCUGCAUGUCAACAUUGCAAGCGACAAUUCACACCUAUUCACUUGGAAACAUCCUAAAGGCACCAGACUGUUGUCAAAGAAAGAGCUCACCAAAUGCGUAGCAUCAGUGGCUUCAAUAGCCAGUCUCCCCGACCUAAAAGGGCAUGGCCUAUGA